GACUGGACCGAGGACGGCCCGCCGUUCGCGGCGUCGAUCGCUCGAGAGGAUCUCCGAUCGUUCGCGCGGAGCGUCCACGCGCUCUGGCCCUCGCUCGCGCGCGCGCCGUCGUCGUCGUCGUCCGACGCCCUCGCGGAGGCGCGCGCGCCGCGCGACACGCUCAUCCCGACGCCGCACGUAUCGCUCGUCCCCGGGGAGCGGUUCCGGGAGACGUACUACUGGGACUCGUACUGGGUCGUCGUCGGGCUCCUCGCGAGCGGGAUGCGCGACGCCGCGGAAGGGGUCGCGCGCAACAUGCUGCACCUCGUGAAGACGCGCGGGUUCGUCCCGAACGGCGCGAGGGUGUAUUACCUUAAUCGCUCGCAGCCGCCCGUGCUCGCGGCCGCGGUGCUCGCGGUCGUGGAAGCCCACCGCGCCUCGAGCGGCGGCGACGACGGCGAUGGCGGCGACGGCGGCGGCGGCGGCGGCGGCGGCGGCGGCGGCGAAGCGCUCGCUCGAGACGCACUCCCUCUGCUUCUCGCCGAGUACGAAUACCUCACGCGCCCGGAGCGCGUCGUCAGGGUCGUCGGCGCGUCCGGCACGCCGCGCGCGAUGUCCCGGUACUGGGCGAACACGGACGCGCCGAGGCCCGAGAGCUGGCGCGAGGACGUCGCGCUCGCGACGGAGGAAUGCGGCUUCGACGUCGACUCGAGCGAGGCGAAGGCGAUGUGGCGCGAGAUCGCGACCGCGGCGGAGAGCGGGCACGACUUCAGCUCGCGGUGGCUCGAAGACGACGCCGCCGAUGACGACGACGACGACGGCGUCGGCAGCGGCGGCGUCGGCGGCGACGCGCCGCCUACACCGGCGUCGCUGCGAUCGAUUCGAACGACGCGGAUCGUCCCCGCGGAUCUGAACGGUUUCAUGCUCAAGACGGAGUCGUGCGUGUCUCGCAUCGCGCGUCUCGUCGGCGACGACGUCGUCGCGGAGACGUUCGACGCGCGCGCGACCGAGCGAGCGUCGGCGAUGCGAGACGUGUGCUGGGACGACGCGCACGGACGGUGGAGGGACGUCGUGCUGCCGCGCCGCGCCGAAGGGUUCGUUCGGGGCGUCUACGCGUCGGACUACGUUCCGCUGUGGUGCGGCGCGGCGUCCUUGGAUCCGAAGCUCGCGCUCGAGUGCGUGAAGUCGAUUCGAUCGUCCGGGCUGAUUCUCCCCGGCGGCGUCGCGAGCAGUUUGCGUCACACCGGGCAUCAGUGGGAUUAUCCAAACGCGUGGGCGCCGCUCGCGCACGUCGUCGUCGAGGGGUUAGACGCGCACGGCGGGGACGAGGGUAAAAAACUCGCGAGGGAGAUCGCGGUGAGGUGGGUCGAAUCCAACGCGACGCUGUUUCGAAAGACCGGGUACAUGCACGAGAAGUACGACGCGCGGACGCCCGGGGAACGACCCGGCGGCGGCGGCGAGUACGUCCCGCAGCGAGGGUUCGGGUGGUCCAACGGCGUCGCGCUCGCGUUCCUCGAGAAAUAC